UGUCGCAAAGUUGAUGACAUCAAACUUGUGCGACCGGGAGGAAAGUCAGGAACCAGCUUUACUAACUGGCAGGUUCCCAGUCUUCUCGCAGGCGAUGGGGGACAUGAAAACCCCAGAUUUUGACGACCUGCUGGCAGCGUUUGACAUCCCUGACAUCGAUGCGAAAGAGGCCAUCCAGUCCCACCCAGAGGUGCCCCGGGACGAGCCGGGUCCAAACCCGCAGGAGGGUCCUGCAGCCUGUCAGAGCGAGCCUUCUGGGGUCAGUGUCAUCGUGAAGAACACCGUUAGACCAGAGUCUUCUGAGCACGAAGACACACCUGUCGGGGAUCAAACCGACAACACUUUGAGUGCCUCUCAGGUUCCUGUGAAGCUGCAGGACUUCAGCUCGGAUCUUAGUCCGGAUCUGGCAGCUGGUGCCCCCAUGGAGCUGCAGAUGAGCAACGGCUUUGAGGAGGGACAGUCCAGCACUCAGUCCUGGCAGAGUUCUCCUUUUAGGUCCACGACAAGGGAUGAUGAUGAUGAUGAUGAUGAUGAUAAAGAUGAUGAUAAAGAUGAUGAUGAUGAUGGUGAUGAUGGUACCGCUUCUUCAUCUCCUCCCUCAACAAUUCCACACCUGUCCCCCCACCCUCCUCCACAUGUCGACCCACCUGCUAACCCACUGCCCACCUUGACACCACAGAACCUGAAAGCUGACCUCAAACACCUCACAGACGACGAGGACUCGGAUCCAGACCUGGGUAGUCCGCUGAUGAUCCACGAGAGUCCGGAACCUGAGACCUCCUCCCCUCCCAAGCUGAAGCGCCGAGCCAGGUUACACCCCGACCAGCCGGGGUCUCGUGAAGACGCGUCUCGUCUCAUGUUUCCUCCUGAACUCUCAUCGCCAAAAAGACUGAAAGUGCAGAACAAGGACGGACUUCCUGCUACACCCAGCUCCCCUGUCCCUGCUCCACAGGACCCCCAGGACCUCCUCCCACCUGUCCACACAGCUGUCCACACAGCUGUCCACACAGCUGUCCAGGAUGAGAAAUAUCCUGAGCACGUGAUCGAUGAGAGAGACUCACCUGAGAGCCCCCCACCCAGUGAGACCGGCCUGGUGUUCAGAACCAGCAGCCCUGAUGUGAGUCAGGAGAAACUAAACCCCACAGAGGAGCUGGUUGGAGACAAGUUCAGUCCAGAGACGGCAGGGGACACCAGAGGGACAGCAGGGGACACCAGAGAGACAGCAGGGGACACCAGAGAGACAACAGGAGACACCAGAGAGACAACAGGAGACACCAGAGAGACAACAGGGGACACAAGCGAGGCGAGCUGCAGUGCUGGUAGUGAGGAGACCCUCUCCUCUCCGGUAAGACCACUCACUGUUAAAAUCAAAAAGCCCAGCGGGAGCAUUAGAAGAAGUGUGACCGGCGCGACGCCUAAACGGAGCGGAAAGGCAAAGGAAGUGGACGGUGCGAAACCUUCUCCAGAACGCCACAACACCAAGUCCAAAAAGGAGCCGUCAGACGUGCCGGUGGCAGUGACUCAAGACUCCACCUCUGCAGGAAAAGACAAGUCCUCUACAGAGACCAGGUCCAAAGUGUCCCUGACAGCGGUGAGCAUCACAAAAAGCACGGCGCUGCCCCGGACCGGUCCGGGUGUGGUCAGCCUGGCUCAGAAAGCUCUCAGCAGUGGGAUGAGCUCUUUAACCCAGCUGCCGGCUCAAAGCGGAAACAGACCGGCUUCUAUAGUGAACAGCACCGGGGCCAUCAUCUCCAAGAGUCAGACCAACCUGGUGGAAGCCUUCAACAAGAUCCUCAACAACAAGAACCUGCUGCCCACCUACAAACCAGACCUGAGCUCCCCUCUGCCAGCCGAGUGGGGCCUGGCUCUGCCUUCACAGGGUCAUCGCUGUCUGGAGUGUGGCGACAGCUUCGUCCUGGAGCAGAGUCUGUCUCAGCACUACGACCGGCGCUCGCUGAGGAUCGAGGUGACCUGUAAUCACUGCGCCAAGCGUCUGGCCUUCUUCAACAAGUGCAGCUUGCUGCUGCACGCCAGAGAGCACAAAGAGAAGGGCCUGAUCAUGCAGUGCUCCCACCUGGUCAUGAAACCUGUUCCUGUCCAGCAGAUGAUCAGCCAGCAGGAAACCGCAGCAGCCGCAGCAUCAUCAUCAUCAUCAUCAGUUCAGUCCAGUUUCAAAGCUCAGUGUCAUCAAGCAGCAGCUCCUGAGGCCGUGCAGUUCUGCAGCUUCAAAUGUCCCGAGUGUCAGGCUCAGUGCAGCAGCAGAGAGGAGCUUUAUGACCAUUUUCAAGAAAUAAAACCAGCUCACAGCACUUCGUGUGCAGACUGCUCUCCUCCCAUGCUCCUGCCCAACAGCUGCAGCGCUGCAGCACAUCGGCGCAGCCACCAGGGCGGCCCGCCACACGUCUGCCCCGAGUGUGGGGGCGUGGUCAAGCAGCCUCUGUUCCAGAAGCACCUGCUGGAGACCUGUCUGCACUUCUCCCGCCGCAUCGGGUACAGGUGCUCCAGCUGCCUGGUGGUGUUCGGAGGCCUGAACUCUGUCAAGUCCCACAUCCAGCAGGCUCACUGCGACAUGUUCCACAAGUGCCCCAGCUGCCCCAUGGCCUUCAAAUCUGCCCCCAGCAUUCAGAACCACAUUUCAGCUCAGCACCCGGCCCUCACUGAUGCACAGGCUAUGUUGAUUUAUAAGUGUGUCAUGUGCGACACAGUGUUUACACACAAGCCACUGCUCUACUCCCACUUUGACACUCAUCUGACCAAUCAGAAGGUUCACGUCUUCAAAUGCCCAGAGUGCACCAAGCUGUUCUCUCAGAGGAGCUCCCUGCUGGAUCAUUUCAGGACUCACAAGACUCCCACAUUGAAAGAAGAGCAGCCUCCUCCUGCAGCAGCUUCCUCACGUCUUCCUGUGAAGUUAGAGAGCUCUGAAGAGGAUUGGACGGACAAAGAGAAAGUGAAGACAGAGAGGAUGAAGACCCCUUCAGGGUGGAAGUGUCGAUCCUGCAACACACCGUUUACAGAACGGGAAGACUACAUCGCUCAUAUGAGCCAGCAGCACGGCAAGAUGUUGAAGAAGUUCCCCUGUUUUAAAUGUGAGAGCUCCUUCACAACCACCUCCAGCAUGAGGCGCCACAUCAGAGACAAACACAAAGUCCUGAGCCGAGGCUUCCGCUGCCAGUUUUGUUCUGACAGUAAGAAAACUUUCAGCAGCCGAGCCAUGUUGGAGAGACACGUUCAGCUGAGACACAGUCUGAGCCAGGACCCUCUGACCAGAGCUGAGGAGGCUGAGAGUUCUUCAGAACCAGACGGUGGGUCCAGGUCCUGCCGGAGGCGAGGAGCCACAGUGAAGGUGGAGCCAGAGGCGGAGUCUGCAGACAGGAUGAGUCCAGCCAAGAAGCUCCGCCCCUCCUCCUCCUUCUCGGCUGCUCCCCACGCUCAGCCUGAGUCCGGCUUCAGCUGCGCCCCCUGCGGCUUCACCACAGAGGACCGGACCACCUUCGUGGAGCACAUCAGCCAGCACAGGCGUGGGGGGGUGGAGGGCGGCGACCUGCAGUGCGUGCACUGCGGCGCCUGCUUCGCCUCCACGUCCUCGCUGUCCCGCCACCUCUUCAUCACCCACAAGGUGAGGGACGCCUUCAGCGACGGCCAGCAGGAGGCGCAGCCGUCCACCUCCUCCGUUCAGGUCAGGAACCACCACGACAGGAGCUCCCUGAACGGGUCCGACUCGCCCCCUGGACACGCCCCCACAGGUCAGGGGAGGGACGAGGACGGGACGCUCACCUGUAAGGUGUGUCUCAAACACUUUGACAAGGCCACAGAUCUGAACACACACUUCAGGACUCAUGGGAUGGCUUUCAUUAACGCCAGGAAUGCAAAGUGAAACUGGUCUGUAGUUCAAAACCCCAAGUGCCUUUUUAUUUGAUUUUUAAAGGGAUCCAUGAGUAGUUGUAACUUUAGAUUUUAUUUUACAGUUAAAAUAUGUUUAUGAAAUAAAGUCUAAUGUUACAACUAAUCCUGGAUCCUUUAAGGUGUUCAUGUGGAGGUGACACACUUCACAUGAACAGAACCAAAGAACCCUCAGGAUCUGCUGCUCUGUCCUGUCACCAGACCUACUUCCUGUUUACAGCUGGACCUUAGCGUUUCCAUGGUCACAGUCCUGCUGUGAUGGUGGAUUAAUGGAACCACACUGUGAUUGUUAACAGCUGAUGUCCUGACACACACUCAGACCAUGUCCUGUGAAGUCCUUCUGGAUUUAUUGUUCCUGAUUUACUGACAGACGUUGUCUGUCUUCUUUAUGGAACUUUAUUUUGUUAUUUCUCUUACAGUUUGGAUAAAAACAUCAGUUUUUCUUGGUUUGACUGAUCUGAGGGGAGCCAUCAGGAGUGUGCUCAGCAAUAACACCACCUGUAAAUACAUCCUAUUUAUUAGAAUCAAACUUUCAAAAUAUUUAAAAUUAACACGUUUUUAAAUGAAACGACUUCAUUUACGUGAAGUUUAACGAUUUAUUCUUUUUCGCUGAGCCAGAGAUGUCAGUAAAAUUCUAGAUUUAGUUUGUUUUGCAGGUUUUUCUUUCUCAGAUGACUGUAACAAAGCGUGACUUUAGUUGUGUUUCCUGUCAGAAUAUAUUAAUGGUCACAGUUAAAACACUGAUUGUUUCUCUGCACUGUUUUGUCAGAACAUGAACAUCUGGACGGUUCUGUAGACGUCACUGUUCUUCAGAUAUUUUCUACUGUCUUUGAAACCACUCAUGUUGCGUCUGAUAAACUGCCUGUUCUCAUUUUUAUAAACCGUCAGAACUUAAACUUUGCUGAUUUAAUUGUUUAGAUUUUUUAAAGUUUUCUCGUCCUGUAGCUAUCAGUGCUGACCUUCAAAGCAACGUUCAUUUCUGAUCAAAUGUUUCUGAAUGAAUAAACCAGAGGCACCAA